AUGUCUUCUCCAGACUCUCCGUCCGUCGACUUUCUUCACCAGCGAAUCAAACGCAAGUUCGAAGAUUACGACGACGACGAAUACGACGAUCUCUCCUACGACUUACCCUCCUUCAGGAUGAGAAAGGAUGAUCCUAACCCUAAUUCUCCUCCCGCCACCGCUUCCAGUAAUCCUUUCCUUGAUCAAAUCACUCGUCAACACCCUCACUUCCAAACUAGGGCUUCUACUUCCAGUUCCAGUUCCACCCAAGACUCCGCCUUCUUAUGGUAUCCUGAUCGUAUCCAAUUCUUCGUUCGUAUGAUCUCCGAAGGCAAAACCUUAGUUCUCCAUGGAAAACCAGAAGACAAAGUCAAAUUAAUCCACGAGAAAAUCCAGGCCGCCACCGGAAUUCCGAUGGUCGAGCAGCGGUUGAUUUAUCGAGGCCGGCAGCUUCAGUGGGAUUAUAGUUUGGCUGAGUGUAAGAUAAAUAACGACGCAGGCUUGCAAUUGGUUGGUCGAAUGCGGAGUACGGAGCAUCCGCAAGCGUGGCAGUUGAUUGAUGAUUUGGUUUCGACGAUUUACAGGUUGUGCAAAGGAGAAAAGGGCCUUUGUCUGAAGUCUGUGAAAUCGCGGUUAACAGAGUUCUUAAACAUGACGGCCAAGUAUGAUAUCGGGGAUGAUCAACCGGCGCCUCAUCUGAAUAUAUUCCAAUCGUUAUGUGCUCCUGCAGCACUGAUGAUGCUCUACAUGUCUCCUCAUGCAGGAAGAUCAGAUCCUCUGUAUGAAGAUUGCCGGAGUAGUCUAGGAUCAAUGGUGGAGUACCUUAGAAUUGGAAGAAGCUCUCGGAAUUAUGAUAACAUUAGUAAUAAGCCUGUAAUCAUUACAGUUCAGGACAUUCUCCCAUAUGUGGCUGAGCUUGCAAACAACCUAACAGAAGGUUUAAUUUCCAGUGUGGAAGCCAUAGAUGAUGUCUGUCCUUCACCAAGUGAUGUCCGUGAGUUUGCUUCAUUCUUGCGUCCUCUCAAAGCUGCAAUCAAAGAUCAGACAGAGUUUGAGGGAAUCAUACCAAUACCAAAGAGCUACUUAGCUUCAGAAAAGAAAGGAUAUUUCGGAUGGGAUUCUUAUCUUUCAAUCUUGAAAGAACUGCGUAGCAUUUCCAAACUAUAUCAAGGCGCAGAAGAUUUCUUUUGGGAAAAUUUGAAAAGGAACAAGGUCUCAAUAUGCUAUCUGAUUGUUAAAUAUGCUAAAAGAGGUGAAGAUUACAAAUGGAUUCUUGGACAUAAAGAUGUUAUCGACUUCGAAUCCAGAAGGCAUUUGGUAUUGAUGUUGCUUCCAGAAAUGAAAGAUGAAUAUGAUGAACUUCAUGAGAUGCUUAUUGACAGAUCUCAGUUAUUAGCCGAAUCUUUUGAGUACAUUGCACGUGUAGAUCCUGAAACUCUUCGUGGUGGAUUAUUCAUGGAGUUCAAAAACGAAGAAGCUACAGGCCCUGGUGUAUUACGUGAAUGGUUCUUCUUAGUUUGUCAAGAAAUCUUUAAUCCCCAAAAUGCCCUUUUUGUUGCUUGCCCUAAUGACCGAAGAAGAUUCUUCCCCAAUCCAGCAUCUAAAGUGGACCCAUUGCACCUUGAAUACUUCAACUUUGCAGGAAGAAUAAUCGCACUAGCUUUAAUGCACAAAAUCCAAGUAGGAAUUGCAUUCGAUCGAUCAUUUUUCUCACAAUUAUCAGGAAACACAAUCUGUUUAGAAGACAUAAAAGAUGCAGAUCCAUAUCUAUACAGCAGCUGCAAACAGAUACUAGACAUGGACCCCACUACAGUUGACGAAGAUGCCCUUGGGUUAACAUUCGUUAGAGAAAUUGAAGAACUAGGAUCAAGAAAAGUUGUGGAGCUUUUUGCAGAUGGAAAAAACAUUGUUGUGAAUAGUAGAAACAGGAAGGAGUAUGUUGAUCUUCUUAUUGAGCAUAGGUUUGUGACAUCUGUUUCAGAACAGGUGUCUUAUUUUGCUAAAGGGUUUACAGAUAUUGCUGGAGAAGAAAAGAUAAGGAAAUUGUUUUUUAAAAGCUUGGAAUGUGAGGAUCUUGAUGGAAUGUUGUAUGGAAGUGAAAGUAUUAUUUCAGUGGAAGAUUGGAAGAAGCAUACUGAGUAUUAUGGGUAUAAGGAAACUGAUCCUCAAAUAUCAUGGUUAUGGGAGAUUAUUGAAGAAAUGACAGGGAAUCAGAGAAAGGUGCUUUUGUUCUUUUGGACAUCUUUAAAACAUCUACCGAUUGAAGGUUUUGGUGGAUUAGCUUCAAAGCUUUAUAUUUACAAAACAAAUGAUUCGAUAGAGCUUCUUCCAUCUUCUCACACGUGUUUUUAUCGAAUUUGUUUCCCAUCUUACCCUUCGUUGGAUGUCAUGAGAGAACGCCUAAAUAUCAUCACUCAAGAUCACGUGGGAUGCAGCUUUGGGACAUGGUGAAAAUAAAAAAAUAAAAUAAAAAAAUUGAAAUUUUGAGCUAGUUUGUUUCUUAUCUGUUUGUAAAGGUAAUAAUAGAGUAAAUUUAUGUUGGAAGUUUUCUGUUUUGACUGAGUUGACUCGCUGUCGUUAGGUCUUGGGGUAUAUCAUGUCUAUAACUAGGUAUAUAACUAUAUAUAUAUUAUGAAUAAAGAUUGGAAUUAGGUGAGUUUUUUUUUUUUUUUUUAAUGUUUU